GGGAAUUGCUGUUGUUCUUAGAAAGGUAAACACAUAAUCAGUCAAGCUGGAGUGGAAAACGAGAAUCAUGAGUUUCCAGGAGAAAAAAGAGGAUGUAGAUCCUGAUGAAUGGAUGGAAAAAUUGCACACGUUACAUAUUACAAGGGCGGAUAUGAAUAGAUUAAUAAUGGACUACUUGGUCACAGAGGGUUUUAAAGAAGCAGCUGAGAAGUUCAAGAUAGAGGGUAUCCAGCCAAGUGUAGAUUUAGAUACGUUAGAUGAAAGAAUACAAAUACGUGAUGCCAUUCAAAAUGGGAGGAUAGAAGACGCCAUAGCACUGGUCAAUGAUUUACAUCCUGAACUACUAGAUAAUGACAGAUAUUUAUAUUUCCAUUUACAGCAACAACAUCUUAUAGAGCUUAUUAGAAACAAAAGGAUUGAACAGGCCUUAGAGUAUGCACAGAUACAUCUUGCAGAGCGAGGAGAAGAAAAUUCAGAUGUCUUACCCGAACUGGAAAGGACAUUAGCAUUGUUGGCUUUUGAAAAUCCAGAAAGUUCACCCUUUGCGGAGCUGUUGCAUCCAUCACAAAGGCAAAAGGUUGCAAGUGAACUCAACGCUGCAAUCUUAGAAAUGGAAAAUAGAGAGUCUACACCCAAGCUUGCCAAGUUGUUAAAACUUCUACUGUGGUCCCAAGAACAAUUAGAUAACAAGAAAGUAAAAUACCCAAAAAUGAUCGACCUUGCAGGUGGUAAAAUAGAAUCUCAAAAGUGAACAUUGGAUUCAACUGGAAGAAGUUGCUGCACUGUCCGACUCUUUGUAAAAAUCAUGUGUCCUCUAUUUCCACAAUGUGGACUGAACAAUAAAAAGAACAUAAAUUUGAAAUGUUUGAAACAGACUAGACA